UUUUAUAUAUUUACCGUUACCCUAGCAACCACCGCCGACUGGAGUUUCUGCUACUAUAAACAAAAAUAAAGUCUGCUGGAUUUACUUUACUGUAGCGUACCUCAUUUUGUGAUAAGAUGACCGAGGAAGAAGUUCUUCUGGAGAAAAAAAUUCUUCAUAGCCGAGGGAAAUGCCUCUUGGAUAACUGGGUUGAAGAGAGAGCAACAGCUGAUUUGGACUCUGGGACACAGGAUGUAGAGGAAGCCAAGCUAUACCAACAUGGCCACAAAGGCCUGCUGUCCAUUGCAACAGAAAACAAGCUAGAUGGUUUAACAAUAACAAAAAUUUCCUUUCAGCAUCCUCAUAGAGCAGGUGCUCAAGUCAGAGGCAAAAGGGAAGAAUGCUUGGAACAAUACCUGUAUCAGAAGAUAAGCAAAGAUGUCUUCAAUGAAUUGACUCAGCCUCCACCUCCUGCAAAGGUAGAACUGAUGUCUACUACACGACAAGAUUAUAAAGUUGAAGGCUUUAAAUCUGUGCCUCCACAGCCAACCAUGAAGCAUGACUAUAAAACAGAGCAGGCCAUUACAUUCUGGUCAGAGAACAUCCAGAAAGUUACGGGUGUUACAAAUAUAAGGACAAGAGACACACCCUUUAAAAAGAACAGUUCUUUUAGCACUCCUAUUUAUGAAUCUAUGGGUGAUCCUGAGCCACACACAUUGGAAAAUUACCCUAAUCUGUAGGAAAUCCAGGAUGGCUGUACCAUGUAUUGAUGAAGACCCUCCUUUCUACAGCAUCAUUGUAUGCUGCAAACUCUAACUCUGUAUUCUUUCUGCUUAGGCCUGUCUUCUUCCAUCACGUUUUCUUAGCCAAAUAAAAAUGAAGGUUUGUUAAGUACUUUGUAACCCAGCUGUGGAAUAAUUUAUUAGCAAAGAUAGGUUGCUACUAAUUAUAGUGUUUUAGUGAGAUUUAGGACCAGUGCCUGAAUAAAUAUGACAAAAAGGCAAGGGGGGGGGGUGAAAUUGCUCCGUUUUAUAUUUGAGAUUCAGCAGUACUCUGUAUUUUGUGUUUGUUGUGUUUAACUCGGCAGAUAAAUUGAGAAAGCAACUAAUGUUUAAUAAUGCCCAAUGUCAACAUUAUAAAUGUUUUAUGUAAAAAUAAAAAGAUCCAGAAAAUGUAAAUUCGUCAAUACAGAAUUUCAAAAACUGUAUUAUUAAUCAUGACUUGGUAAUUGGUCUUAAUUUAUUUAAUUGAAUUGAUUUAUAAAGCAAAUUGAAUUAACGAAGAAACAGUGUUUGAAAUAGAUGCAUAUUCAGUCUUGUGUUAACUGGCAAUAAAUGAGUUUCAAAUAAA